GCGUAUACUUUUGACGAUCUCCGUUCAUAGCGAACACACACGAGUUUUUUAAAAGUGCAUUUGAGCUUGUAUUUCAUAUUUGUACAUGAUGUUAUAAUAUGGUAACCAGAGACGGUAACUUUAAAGUAUUUACUUAUAUACGGGAUAAAAAUAGUUGGAGUUUUGUUUGAUAAUUGUGAUCAUAUAUAGUAGUAUGGGGUGUGGACGAAGAUUGGGUAACAGCCAAUGAAAACCAGAGCACAUAUUAACGCCAUGGACUGUUUAAAAUGUGUUACUGUUGACAAGUUUUCUUCUAUUCUUUCGAUCGGUCACAAUAUAUACGUUGUUUGAAGUAAAUGUAACCCCCUUCGUGUUCCAUUUUUGGUCAUGACAGGAACAACCAAUGAGAGAAGAGAACAACGUGAGCUUAGCUACAGAAGGGAGACAUUUGCAUAUGCAACAGAUGAGUAUGUAUAAAAUGAGAACUGGCCCAGCAUGAAAACAGAUUAAUGUAGGGUGUCUAAUCAAAACUUUGAACUUUGACAUCUCAACUGGGACUUCAUUUCAAUAAUGAGGGCCUACGUUUUUCUUCUUAUACUGGAAAUUACUCCAGCAACAGCAGCGUUUUGGGACUGUCGAAAUCCUCAAUUGAAUUGUGCUAGUCCUGGAACUUGCGGAGACACUGGAACAUGUACUGGCUGCACGGACAUGGGCCACGACUGUAAAUCUGACAACAACAAUAGAAACGCUGGAGAAUGCACUACAGAUUUAUGCAAAAACGGUGGGAUGUGUUAUGAUGCUACUAUCGAAGACGGUGCUGCUAAGUGCUACUGUCCACCGGAAUACAUGGGAGAUACAUGUGAAUCAAAGCGCUAAAUGACAAGAUGAAAGAAGAGGAGAAAACGGAUUAACUGGUUGGUCGUGCAGCAUAUCGUCGGGGGGCUAUCAAAUCCCACGUGGAUCGGUGCAGUAGAUUCGAACCCGUCAGUGUGGACUGUAAUUUUGUUGUAAGGAGAACCUUUUUAUUGUUGUUGUUCUUGAUGUCGUUGUUGUUGCUGAUGCUGUUGUUGUUGUCGUUUCUCUCUCUCUCUCUCUCUCUCUCUCUCUCUCUCUCUCUCUCUCUCUCUCUCUCU